AUGCUCGGCCCUAUGCUGACCGCCACUAGCCUCCUCGGCAUGGCGCACGUCGCGGCUGCCACGGGCGGCACGCUGUUCGUCUCGUCGUACAACAGCAAGGUCACGACGCUCAACAUCGGCUCGGCCAACUGCAAGGCCGGCGCCCCCGUGCCCAAGCUCCAGACGGUCGCCGAGUCGUCGGGCUGCGGCGAGAGCCCCUCGUGGCUCACCCUCGACCACGCCAAGGGCCAGCUCUACUGCGUCGACGAGCAGCUCCAGUCGGGCGGCGGCGCGCUGGCCUCCUUCAAGACCAAGGCUGACGGCAGCCUGACGUCGCUGGCCAAGGUCAACACGGCCGCGGGCCCCGUGAGCAUCGCCGUGUACGGCAAGGGCGGCAAUGGCCUGGCUGUCGCGCACUACGGCGGCUCUGCCUUCUCGACGUGGGACGUCACGGACCCCUCCCACCUGGUCAACAUCCAGACGGAGACGUUCAAGUCCACCAAGCCGCCCGCCGACCCGGACCGUCAGGGUGCCCCGCGCCCGCACGAGGCCUUCCUCGACCCGACCAAGAAGUUCAUCGUCGUGCCCGACCUGGGCACCGAUGAGCUGCGCCUCUACGCCAUCGGCGAGAACCUGACCACCACCAAGCUCGACUCGGUCGACGCCCCGGCCGGCUCUGGCCCGCGCCACGUCGACUUCGCCAGGCGCGCCGGCAGCACCUACAUGUACCUCGUCACGGAGCUCACGAGCCAGAUCAUCGGCUACAAGGUCACGUACCCGGCCGCCGGCAAGAUCGCGCUCAAGCAGCUUUGGGUGAUGAGCGCCCACGGAUGGGACAAGCCCACGCCCAAGCAGGCGUAUGCCUCGGAGAUUGUCGUCUCGCCCGACCAGAGGUUCGCCAUCGUGUCGUCGCGCAACGAGAACAGCUUCACCGUGCCCAACUUCGACCCCUCCAACUCGACCCAGAUCGUCUCGGACCCGCUCAUCAACUUCCGCAUCGACGACGCCGGCGGCCUCACGUCUGUCCAGGAGGUUGCGGCUGGUGGCAAGUACCCGCGCCAGUUCUCCCUGAACAAGGCCGGCACGCUCGUCGCCGUCGGUCUGCAGAACGACAACCGCGUUGCGCUCAUCAAGCGGGAUCCGCAAUCGGGCAAGCUCGGCGGCUUCGUCGGCUACACCGAGCUGGGCGGGCAGAUUACCUCGGUCAUCUUUAACGAGUAA